AGAAAAAAGAUGCAUCCACGUUGUCUUCUAUCGGUGGUCGUAAACGUUCCAGCAGUACUCAAACGCGUAUGCCGCCACCCGCUCCCGGCGCUGAUGUUGAAGCGCAGCGAUCAUUGAAAUGUAGUUCGUCUUGCGCAACAAGAGAGAGUCCCAUGGCG